UGUGUGCUGCCAUGCCAUUCAUCCGAUCAGUCAACUUGCUGUUUUGAGCUGCUUCGAUCAUGCCUAACUUUGUGCUGACUUUUCAUCUCUUGUGUGGAAUCUUCUUCUUGAUACAUGCUGCUGAAGACAACUGCUGCACUGUUGCCAAGCUUCCACAGUUCAAGGUCGACAAAGGAGUGCAGUAUGGAAGAAACGUGUGUGAUGAUGAAGUCAUAACGUAUCGUAGAAUAAAGAAGAAAGCAGUACUCGACGGAUUGCAGAUGAUCAAACUAAAAUGCAACAGAAUGAAAAGAACUUGGGAGCAAUACGUAGGAGAUGACGCAGACUAUGAAAACGUGCAGUUCCACAUGCUUGGAAGGGAUAUCAGGGAACCUGUCAAUUCACAUGAACUUCAUCUCCGCUGUGAAAUCUAUGUUCAACACCAGGAUCGACCGUUGCCCGUGCUUUUUUCAUGGACGACAGAUGAAGAUGGAAUACUCAAACGGAUCCCACUCUACAAUGACCGGAACUCUGUACCACAUGGCGUGGGCAAAUACGCUUGGAAGGUGUCCCCCACCGAGUCUGAAUUAGUCAUCGAGCAAGUGAGAGAGGCAGAUCUAAAGCUGUACUCAUGUUGGGUGUCGAUCGGUAACGAAGUCAAGUCACAAAACGUCACAUUGAUCAAAAAGAAUUGUGAAAGACUGUCGAUGCCUGACGACGGAAAGUUUCAUGAGAGAAAGAUUGGUGUACAUCCGGGGAGUAAGGCGACACCCGUAUGUAACGAUGGAUUUAGCCGCGUGUCUCAAGACAUUCAGUACUUACUGUGUACGUUGUGGGGCGAAUGGGCUGCUGUUGACCGAGAGACUAAACAGCUAAAGAAUGUUGACUGGGAAUACGACAAGCGACACGCUAUGUGUAAACACACUUGCAAACGAGAAGCGGUUCCCAAAGGUGAUGAGUAUCCCAUUGAAAAGUCAAUAUCAAGCCUACCUCCUCAUAUGGAAAUGAAAGACCAAAGCAUUGUGUGGCCAAAUACAAACUUCACAUACACUUGUCCUGAGAACUAUGCACUAAUUGGGCAGAAUACAAGGAUGUGUACUGAAUCAGGCAGUUAUACAGCAGAGAUUCCAAAAUGCAAAGCACUUGUGGGUUGCCAUGAUUAUUGUAGAGCAUUUUCUGUCAAUUAUGGUGUUGUAAAGUACAUUCCAAAGAGAGCAGUCAGAAUAGGCAAACACAUGGUUACAGACACUUGCAAAGCAGUCAUAAAAUGUACGAAUGGAUACAAGCUGAAGAAGAAUCUCACAUUAUUCUGUGACAAGAAGCUCAAAGAUUCACAAUGGGCAGAGAAGUCUGGACAUACCUUAUUUGAUCCUCCAACCUGCUUACCUGAGAGCCAAACAUAAGAAUAGAGUCAUUUAGGUGUUACAUUUUAGCUGCUUUGUGAGCUUGUUAUUUGUCUGUAGUGUAGUGCUGAACUGUAAUUUCCACAUAAUUUUUAGUUGCUAUAGCAACUAUGUGUAUACACUUUGCUUUUUGCUAUGCAUAUGUAGUAAUUGAUGCCUGAUCCUGUGAUGUUGGAAAUAAAUUUUACUUUGAAAAAGA